UCAGCGUAGCUUUCUGCCGCGCGGAAACUACAAUUUGGGUAUAAAUGAACAUAAAGAAACUCUCCAGAUCCGCGCCAGAAGCUUCGUCCGCUGUAUUGCUCUAUUUGGACGUAGGUAUAUCCGCAUUGUCGCCCGGCGUUCAACAUCCUCUCCUUCUCUCCUUCCACCAUCUCUGUCUCGAGCCCGCCGGCCCCAGCACCCGCCGCCAUGGACAACGCUCAGCUCCAGGAAGCGAAGUACUACAUCUUCGUCACUCAGGUGUACUUCUGCGCGAUGUAUGCUGUAGUCGUCUGGGACUGGAUCAUCAGUUUGGGAAGAGAAUAUCGCUUCAUUUGGAAGACGCACUGGACGCCCGUUAAGGCUGCCUACCUCUUCUGUCGGUACUGGGUCAUCGCCGUCGUUCCUUACCUGCUGUUCUGUUUCGUCACGAAUCAUACCAAGGAGACCUGCGAAAGGAUAUACAAGAUUCCCGUCGCGCUCGCCAUGUGGAAUCAAGUCGGUUCCGAAUCGAUCUUGCUUAUCCGCACAUACGCCUUCUUCAACCGCAACACGUAUAUCCUCAUCUUCCUCAUCACAUCUAUGGCAGGUGUGGCGGCAUACCAGCUCUAUGUCGACACCACCCAGAUGCUCUUGCUACCCUUCAUUGACCCGGACCACGGGCCUUGUCUUCCCAUGUCGAAGCCCCAUUCCGCUCAUCUUCUUGGUUUCUUCAUCGCCCCCUUGGGAUUCGACACCAUGGUCACUUUCAUGACCAUCAUCAAGGCCAUCUACAUACGCAAACGCAACGGUGGUCCUAACAGUCGUCUCAUCCAGACGUUCAUUCGCGAAGGUGUCUUCUACUAUAUCAUGAUCUCCAUCGCGAACCUCGUCAACGGCGUCUUCUACCUGCAGCCGAGGCAGGUCAUGUCAGCCAUCAACAUCCCUUUGAGCGUCAUGAUGGGCCCUGUACUAGCUUGCCGACUGAUUCUGGACCUUCGCGAACGCGGUUCGGAGACCGUGUCGCAUUCCGAGGGCACCGGAAUUGCUGCCUUCGCCACCAAGUCUGGCAUGACACAGAACACUGGCUCGCCUUACACACCUCCCAAUCGUUUCGGUACCAGGAGCAAGACCGGCGCUCGAUUCAACCCUCGCAUCGGUAUGAGCACCGUCGAUUCCACCGUUCUCAGCUCUAUGGGCAGUAUCCCUCCUGACUGCGCGGAGCUGGGCAUCGACAUCGAGCACGACGUUGUCGAGAUGGACAAGAUUGGGAUGGGAUACGACCUAGGUAGCCUCACUGCCAGCGCGGAGGACGGUGAAGGCAUCAUGGACGACAGCUACGAGAAGGACGGCAAGAUCAUUCGUGGUGGACGUAUUCUCCCGGUCGAGAGACUGGAAAUGGGGUUCAAGGCGGCGAGAGCGCCGAGCUUGGACCAUCCGAAGGGCGACAUCCGUGGCAUUCGCGUUGACGUGGAGAAGUCGACGGCUACCAUGUGAUGCCACCGCGUCCCUCUUGCCUCUAUCUUCUUUCUUAUUCUCUGCCGGCUUUUCAUUGUUUGUUUUCUUUGUUGUCGUCUACGCUCUCUUGUUUCUUUCUGGCUUCGCUUCGUCGUCUGGAAUCGCUAUCCUCGCUUUCGUCGCUAUCGUCGACUUAUCAUAACUCGCAGUAAUUCAGUGGUACCCAGUACCGUAACUUACAACCAUCCUUCAGCGUCUGUAUUACUCGACGUAAAUCGGCAAUGUACGGGCCUCACAUACCUAUACCUUCAUUCCUUGUAGCUGUUAUAGAUUGGCACUGAAUUUGGGGGCUUUGCGCUCCUAAGGUCUAUCCC